UCCAUUUUUCCCAAAACUCUCAUCUUUCUCUGUCAUAAAUCUUUUAUUUCUUUUGGUAAGUGCAUAAGUCUUUUACUAUUUGCUGCUCAGAUUUGCAUGCAAUCUUAGAUAUGUAUUUAAAGCCUACAUUUUUACCAAAACAGUCUUAUCUCUACUUUGAUUUCUUUUAAAAACCAGAAUCAUCUUCUCAUCUCUGUGUCCUCUGAUCUGAUUUCAGCCUAGCCCAUUUUUCAGAUGCUAGUUUUUCUCCCUAAUCUAGGUUUUUCUUUAUAGAAUAUUGAGCUAGCACUGUUCUGUGGGUUUUUUUUUGCUUGUUGCACAAGGUGUUUGAUCUUUUUCUUUUACUUGGUUCUUAAAUUUUUGGGAGAUCAAUACAAAAGACAUUUGGAAUUAUGAAGGAGUUUGGAUCUUUGGAUGGCCGGAUUUCCAAGAAGAUGUCGAGAGCUGUUGAUUCGAGUUCUGGUGCAUCAGAAGCAAGAGUCUGCAAGCAAUGUGGUAAAGGGUUUCAAUCACUCAAGGCAUUGUGUGGUCAUAUGGCUUGUCAUUCUGAGAAAGGGAGGGUUUUGAGGGAGUACAGAUGUUACUGGAAGAGUGAAAAGUCUGAGCCAGUCGAUGAUCGGUUUGAUUUGGAGGAGAAUCCCACGAGGCGAACAAGAUCCAGAGCCGAGAGGUACAAGAAAACUGUUGAUGAGACUUUUGAUUAUGGGAAUGAUAAUAAUUCUUCGUCUGUUUGUGAUAUUGAAGACACCGAAGAUGUUGCUGCGUGUUUGAUGAUGUUGUCCAGGGAUUCUAGGAAAUGGAGUGGUGUCAAUUCGAUUGUGAAAUCUUCAGAUAAUCAGUCGAUGGUUUUUGAGACUAAAUCAUCUUCGGUUGAGAUGAAGAACCCUAGAGAUGAUGGUACCUACUUAGCUGAUGAGAUUCCUCAGAGGAAGAAAGUUGUCAGUAGGAAGCUGAAGUCUAGUGGUUUGGUUACAGAGAGUGUUUCUGCUUCUGGUUAUGUGAGAAAAGCGGAUUCUGACAUAUCAAUUGAAGAGCUUUUUAAUCAUGGUGGAUAUAAAGAUGCUGAAUUGUCAACAUUUUACAACAGGGUAAAACAUUAUAAAACCGAUGAGAGUAAGGGUUUGAAGGGAAAUGAGUACGAUGAUGUUGGUAUAAGUCGAAAGCUACUGAAACUGGACUCAAAGAAAAGAGCUAGAGAUCGGUAUGAUGGUGUAGAACCAGAUAAGAAAGUUCACAGCAGAAAAAAAUAUGAGUGUGUAAACUGCAACAGAAGCUUUGAUUCAUUCCAAGCACUUGGAGGACAUAGACCAUGCCACAAAAAGGCUGAUCCUUCCAUUCAGUAUGAGUACGACAGUGGUGACAACAGCCUGGAGAACGACAUAACUCCCAUCUCCACACCCAUUCGGAAGCUUGGUCAGCGUUUUGAUGACAAGAAACCAGUUUCCAGAGAUUUUCCAGUUGCUGCAAAAAAGAAAGACAGAGCAAAGAAAUCUAAGGCACAUCAAUGUCCAUUUUGUUCCAAAAUUUUCAAGUCUGGUCAGGCUUUAGGUAGUCACAAAAGAACUCAUUCCACGUAUGAUCCUCCUGAAGACUUUGGCAGUUCACCUCCAACUGCACGUAGUCUAAUUGAUCUUAAUCUUCCAGCUCCCGAAGUGGAUGGUGAGUUUUAUGACGACAACCAGUUCAAUAACUAAAAUUGAAUCAGGCAUGAGUUGCUUGUCAGCAUAGUUGGUUGACGGUUCCUACCCGGAGAACAAUCAUCUGAUAACUUGUCUCUUGACAUGCACUCAUGAGUUCUGCUACAACCAAGGGAGAUUAAGAAGGCAAUAAUAAGCAACUGUUGCUUAUGUUAACGGUUUGCCAAUUUUUCCUUUUCUAUUCGUUUUUUUUAGAAUAUGUUUACAUGUUUUCAAGUCCAUUAAUCAUUUUUGAACUGAAACCUGUGGUAUGACAUUCAGAUUUCUUGUUGUGCU